GACAACCACAAGAAGAAAAGAAGAAAACCCAGCUUCAAGAAAAACCCCCUAUUAUUCGUAAUUCCCUCUCUUCUCUGUCAAAAAAACAGAAAGAAAGAAAUGGCAAAUUUCUCCUUCGUGUCAGAUAGCAGCAGCGACGACGGUGCCGUCGAAGAGCUCCUCAACCAAGCAAUGGACCACUCCGUUCUCCAACAAAUCGCUGCCAUAAACCUCUCCUCCUUCGCUUCCGACUCGGUCCUCCCAACUCACCUCGAGACUCGGUUCCGCUCCCUCAAAUCCUUCCCUUCCACAAACCCCAGGACUUCUACUCUGUCCACUAACAAGAAUUCUUCUUCAAGCUUCAAUUCAAAGUUACCUUCUCUUAGACCUCUCACUCCCAAAUCCAACAAGAACUCGCUUUCUGAUGAUGAAAACGAAAACCCAUUUGAGGGAAACGGUUUGGAGUCGAAAUCGGGAUCUGGGUCUGGCUCUUCCCAUUCUAAAGCACGAUGUGAAGAAGAGCCAGAGCCAGAUGGGAAAAGGGGUUCGAAUUCGAAAGCACGAUCUGGGUCGUUCUUAUCUCCUUCGGAUUCUUCAAAUUCGUCGAUGAGUUCUCCAUCGCCGCCGAAGAAAACUGGGUGUUUCUGGUGUUCUCCGAAGAGGGUUUCUAAGAAAAAAAGCAAGGAAAAUAGGGAAAUGGGGUUUGGAGAUUACUGGCGGAGGAAUAACAAGGAGAUUCUGUCGGAUUUGAGUGUGUUUUCGGCGAAAGAGCAGCAGAAAAUGCUGAAGAUGGCGAUGAAGGAGGAGCAGAAGGUCAAUCGUGAAGCUGAGAAAAUUGUUAAGUGGGCUAAGCAGGCUUCUGCGAGGAUGAAUGUAUCUGACAUUGAAGAUGAGCUCAGUGAGAGUGAGAAUCAUAAGUGAACUUGCCUUAUACAUGAAUUACUAACUGCAUAGCGAAUCCUUAUUCUACGUAAGGUUGCUAUGAAGCACGGACAUGCCUACAUUGUCAUCGUUUCUAUGUCAAACUCGCCAUGGACACACCAGGAUACAUAUGGGACGCGCCAAGUUGCUCGUGCAAUUAAUGUUAUUGCAUUCUUAGCAGGGACGUGUCUGGGACACUUGUGUCUUAAGUGAGACAUGUAUGAGGACACGAUGGAGUGUCACUUCAUAAUUGCCAAAUGUAUUUU